UCCCCGCACCAAGCGCUUAACCUCAUUGGGGUGGAGGAGAAGGCGGCGGCCGUGUGGUCCGCAGGGGCAACAGGAGCGACUAAUACGACUAAAAUAUGAAGAGUAGAGGAAAUUAUUAAGGAGUAGGAGAAUAUUCUUGUGAUAACUUGAGGAACUGCAGAUUUUAAUGAUCUCUCCAAGGAUGGACUGCUGAAGUAUGAAGUAUUCCAGACCCAGGAGGAGAGCAUCACUCUGCCACUCACUCCCUUCUCCCCUACUAGUUAUUUAAAUUGGACUUUUAAUAUCCUACCAGCUGCUCUUCGGACACACAUGGUGCAUUGUUGCCAUUCCCCAGAUUGCAUCUCUGAAACACAGGCUCUUAGUAACCUUCAGCAAACAAAGAGGCCGCCUCCCGGGGACGCCUGCCGGGAGGGUGUCACCCCGACUGCCCUCUAGCUUCGGCUGCCUCUGGACUGGAAUUCCACCAUGGAGCCUCGCAUGGAGGUCUGCCUGGCACAGGUGCUGCAGAAGGAUGUGGGGAAGCGACUGCAGGUUGGCCAAGAACUGAUAGACUAUUUCUCAGACAAACAGAAGUCUGCCGACCUUGAGCAUGACCAGACCACAUUAGACAAACUCGUGGACGGACUCGCUACCUUUUGGGUGAACUCCAGCAAUUACAAGGUGGUUCUCCUGGGCAUGGACAUUCUGUCCUCGCUGGUCACCCGGCUGCAGGAUCGGUUCAAGGCACAGAUCGGCACAGUGCUGCCAAGUUUAAUAGACAGACUGGGCGAUGCUAAAGACUCUGUGAGGGAGCAAGACCAGGCCCUGCUGCUGAAGAUCAUGGAUCAGGCCGCCAACCCCCAGUACGUGUGGGACCGGAUGCUGGGAGGCUUCAAGCACAAGAACUUCCGCACCCGGGAAGGCACGUGUCUCUGCCUGGUCGCCACACUGAACGCCUCCGGAGCACAUACCUUAACACUAAGCAAGAUCGUGCCACACAUAUGUAACCUGCUCGGAGAUCCAAACAGCCAGGUUCGAGAUGCAGCAAUAAACAGCUUAGUGGAAAUUUACAGACAUGUAGGAGAACGUGUGAGGGCAGAUCUCAGUAAGAAAGGAUUGCCACAGUCCCGGUUGAAUGUAAUUUUUACAAAAUUUGAUGAAGUCCAAAAAUCUGGAAGCAUGAUACAGUCUGCAAAUGAUAAAAAUUUUGAUGAUGAGGAUUCUGUGGAUGGUAAUAGGCCUUCUUCCGCCAGCUCUACGUCAUCCAAAGCUCCAGCAAGCUCCCGCAGAAACGUUGGCAUGGGGACCACCCGCAGGCUCGGCUCAUCCACUCUCGGAUCCAAGUCUUCAGCUGCGAAAGAGGGGGCUGGUGCUGUCGAUGAAGAGGACUUUAUUAAAGCAUUUGAUGAUGUGCCUGCAGUCCAGAUUUACUCCAGCCGAGACCUUGAGGAGUCGAUAAACAAGAUUAGGGAAAUACUCUCUGAUGACAAGCACGAUUGGGAGCAGAGAGUAAAUGCUCUAAAAAAGAUUAGAUCUUUACUUUUGGCUGGUGCUGCUGAGUAUGAUAACUUCUUCCAACAUUUGCGUCUUUUGGACGGAGCCUUUAAACUAUCGGCUAAGGAUCUGCGGUCUCAGGUAGUGCGGGAGGCUUGUAUCACCUUGGGGCAUCUGUCAUCAGUGCUGGGGAACAAGUUUGACCAUGGAGCUGAAGCCAUUAUGCCAACGAUCUUUAACUUAAUUCCGAACAGUGCCAAAAUUAUGGCCACCUCUGGUGUUGUAGCUGUUAGGUUAAUCAUUCGGCACACACACAUCCCUAGGCUAAUACCCAUCAUAACAAGCAACUGUACCUCCAAGUCUGUCGCCGUUAGAAGGCGCUGUUUUGAAUUUUUAGAUUUACUUUUACAAGAGUGGCAGACACAUUCACUGGAACGACACAUAUCAGUAUUAGCGGAAACAAUAAAGAAGGGAAUACACGAUGCUGAUUCGGAAGCACGGAUAGAAGCCAGAAAGUGUUACUGGGGUUUCCACAGUCACUUCAGCAGGGAGGCGGAGCACCUGUACCACAACCUGGAGCCCUCCUACCAGAGGGCUCUGCAGAGCCACCUGAAGAGCUCGGACAGCGUGGUGUCGCUGCCCCAGUCGGACCGCUCGUCCUCCAGCUCGCAGGAGAGUCUCAAUCGGCCGCUCUCCGCCAAGAGAAGCCCUACUGGCAGUGCCACCUCCAGAGCUUCCACGGUCAGCAGCAAAUCCGUGUCCACCACGGGGUCCCUGCAGCGCUCUCGAAGCGACAUAGACGUGAACGCAGCCGCCAGCGCCAAAUCCAAGGUCCCCUCGGCUGCCGGUGCAGCGCCCUUCAGCUCCGCGGCGGCCUUGCCUCCGGGCUCGUACGCCUCCUUAGAGUCCAGACGCGUGAGGGGAGACACGGAGCCCCUAGGCCCUGGCUCAGGUCGGAUCCGCACGCGACGGCAGAGCUCUGGGAGCGCCACCAAUGUCACCUCCACGCCUUCCGACAGUCGGGGCCGCAGCCGCGCCAAAGUGGUCUCACAGUCCCAGCGAUCCAGAUCUGCUAAUCCUGCUGGUGCUGGCAGCCGAUCAAGUUCCCCAGGGAAAUUGUUGGGAAGUGGUUACAGUGGCCUUGCUGCGGGUUCCUCGAGAGGCCCACCUGCGACACCCUCUUCAGAAAAACGAAGCAAGAUUCCCAGGAGUCAGGGAUGUAGCCGAGAAACAAGUCCAAACCGCAUAGGAUUAGCACGGAGCAGCCGUAUCCCUCGACCCAGCAUGAGUCAAGGGUGCAGCCGCGAUGCCAGCCGUGAGAGCAGCCGCGAUACGAGCCCCGCUCGGGGCUUCCCUCCGCUCGACCGGUUUGGGCUCAGCCAGGCAGGAAGAAUACCUGGCUCUGUGAAUGCCAUGCGGGUUCUGAGCACCAGUGCAGAUCUGGAAGCUGCUGUUGCUGAUGCUUUGCUGUUAGGAGACUCCAGGAGCAAGAAGAAGCCCGUGAGGAGGAGGUAUGAGCCGUACGGGAUGUAUUCUGACGACGACGCCAACAGCGACGCGUCCAGCGUGUGCUCCGAGCGCUCGUACAGCUCCCGGAACGGGGGCGUCCCCCACUACCUGCGCCAGACCGAGGAUGUGGCCGAGGUGCUCAACCACUGCGCCAGCUCCAACUGGUCCGAGCGCAAGGAGGGGCUCCUGGGCCUGCAGAACCUGCUGAAGAGCCAGAGGACGCUGAGUCGGGUGGAGUUGAAAAGAUUGUGUGAGAUUUUCACCCGAAUGUUUGCUGACCCUCACAGCAAGGUUUUCAGUAUGUUUUUGGAGACUCUUGUGGAUUUUAUAAUAAUUCAUAAGGAUGACUUGCAAGACUGGCUUUUUGUUCUUCUCACACAAUUACUUAAGAAAAUGGGAGCAGAUUUGCUUGGAUCUGUGCAAGCGAAAGUUCAGAAGGCUCUCGAUGUCACAAGGGACUCCUUUCCAUUUGAUCAGCAAUUUAACAUUUUGAUGAGAUUUAUUGUGGAUCAAACCCAAACUCCUAACCUCAAGGUCAAAGUUGCAAUCCUGAAGUACAUCGAGUCUCUCGCCAGGCAGAUGGACCCAACAGAUUUCAUAAACUCUAGUGAGACAAGGCUUGCUGUUUCUAGAAUUAUAACCUGGACGACAGAACCAAAGAGUUCAGACGUGAGAAAGGCAGCACAGAUUGUGCUCAUCUCUCUGUUUGAAUUGAACACUCCUGAAUUUACCAUGUUACUUGGUGCCUUGCCAAAAACAUUCCAGGAUGGUGCCACCAAACUCCUGCACAACCACCUCAAGAACUCCAGUAACACCAGUGUGGGCUCUCCAAGCAACACCAUUGGCCGGACUCCCUCUCGACAUCCCAGCAGCCGGACCAGCCCCCUGACCUCCCCCACCAACUGCUCCCAUGGGGGCCUGUCUCCAAGCAUGCUGGAGUAUGAUACCGAGAACCUGAACUCGGAAGAAAUCUACAGUUCUUUGCGUGGAGUGACAGAAGCCAUCGAAAAGUUUAGUUUUCGAAGCCAGGAGGAUCUGAACGAGCCCAUUAAGAGAGACGGCAGGAAGGACUGUGAAGUCGUGUCCCGCGACGGUGGCAUCACCUCCCCCGCCACCGAGGGCCGGGGCGGCAGCGACGCAGUGGAGGGAGGCCGGACGGCUCUGGACAACAAGACCUCCCUCCUCAACACCCAGCCCCCGCGCGCCUUCCCGGGGCCGCGGGCGCGGGACUACAGCCCCUACCCGUACUCGGACACCAUCAGCACCUACGACAAGACGGCCCUGAAGGAGGCCGUGUUCGACGACGACAUGGAGCAGCUGCGAGACGUGCCCAUUGACCACUCGGACCUGGUGGCGGACCUCCUGAAAGAGCUGUCCAACCACAACGAGCGGGUGGAGGAGCGCAAGGGCGCCCUGCUGGAGCUGCUCAAGAUCGCGCGCGAGGACAGCCUGGGCGUCUGGGAGGAGCACUUCAAGACUGUCCUGCUGCUGCUGCUGGAGACGCUGGGGGACAAGGAUCACUCCAUCCGCGCCCUGGCACUCAGGGUGCUGCGGGAGACCUUGAGAAGCCAGCCAGCAAGGUUUAAACACUACGCGGAGCUGACGAUCAUGAAGACGCUGGAGGCCCACAAAGACUCCCACAAGGAGGUGGUGAGGGCUGCCGAGGAGGCCGCGUCCACGCUGGCCAGCUCCAUCCACCCGGAGCAGUGCAUCAAAGUGCUGUGCCCCAUCAUCCAGACGGCCGACUACCCCAUCAACCUGGCCGCCAUCAAGAUGCAGACCAAAGUCGUCGAGAGGAUCGCCAAGGAGUCCUUGCUGCAGCUCCUCGCGGACAUCAUCCCGGGCCUGCUGCAGGGUUACGACAACACCGAGAGCAGCGUGCGUAAGGCCAGCGUGUUUUGCUUAGUGGCGAUUUAUUCCGUAAUCGGAGAAGAGUUGAAACCUCACCUGGCACAGCUCACGGGCAGCAAGAUGAAGCUGCUCAACUUAUACAUAAAGAGGGCGCAGACCACAAACAGCAACAGCAGUUCCUCAUCCGACGUCUCCACGCACAGCUAACGUGGCGCCAGAGCCCCGUGUAGCCCUGGAAGCCAUCGGUGGUGCCUCUCAGAGAACUCCCCCUCCCCGCCAUCGGCUGCCCAGUCAGUACCAGGAGGCCCGCAAAUAUUUAUUACAAUCAGUAUUUUGAUCCCUUCCAGCUUUUGUGUAGAAUCAUACUGGUAUUGAAUGUAAAGGAAGCAAGGCCUGCAUUGCAUCUUCCUACAAAACAAAACAAAAGGAGUAAGAAAAGAAGAGCCAUACUUAAACCGUCUCGUCCAGCCUGCUGAGGUCGCAAAACCGUGUGUGUGGGGUGCAGUUUUUAAAAAUCAGAGCUCUCUAGCCGAUACCUGGUAGAAAGUAGCAUUUUCUCUUCAGUUAAUAAGAUUGGAGGAGGUUGGGUUAAGUUGUGUUUCUCUUUCAUCUCGGCCUCCUUGCUUCUGGACGUGGCCUGUGUGGGGCAAAGCCCCACGCCUUCCACGCCUUCCACAACUGACACCAUGAAAGGGUUUGUACGUUGUGAGUUGUGUUUUGAGACCUACUAAGAACAUGAAUCAAGUCUUGGCAAGAAGUGGGAGAAAAGCCUGAAGAUGGCCUUUUAACGAACACGUGGUAUCGUGCUCACCGUCUCCGGACUGGAGGCUGACGCCCUGCGCGGUCUCCUUCCAGGACGGGCUUCUGCCCCUCUGAGCAACCCCACCGAUGCCGCCCCUGCCCCAGAGCUGCCACUUGAGAGACUUCUUAGAGGUGAAACCCAAACACAAAAAUCAAGGUAAAUCGACAGCCUUGGUUAGCGUGUGCUUGAAAUGGCCCUUCGUGCUGCGUCGAAGAUACCGGAGAAGCUGCUCGUUUUACUGCCGAGAUCCUGGGAAACACUAUUUAACAGCGCUUCCCCCCCGUGACCCUGGCCCCUGGUGGUGCAGAUUUAGGGCCCCCUCGCUUCCCUUCCCCAACCCGCGCCUGAGCGGCUCGAUUCUAAGAUGGUCUCGGUUAGUCUGGUAAAUGGCAGCCCUGCCAUCUCAGUUUUGAAUUCUCUGUUUAAUUUGGGAUUGAGAUUAAAGAAAAAUCUAGAGAGACCAGCUAUCAGGAUCUUUUUUUUUUUUUUUAAUUUUAUGGACUGAAGUACUUGCUUUAUCCUCUGUUGAGAGAAUCAUGGUUUUAAGGAAAAUGUAACUGUGGUGUGUGGCGGAUCGCAGAAAAACAGGAUUGGAAACACAGGUUUAGAGUCAGAUUCUUCAGUGAGAAACUUACCCCUUUAAAAUUUCUUCUUGAGGGUUUCACUGCUUCAGUGAAAGCAACUCAAGAUCAGGACUCUGGUUAACAAAGUUUGGAGUAAAGGCUUCAAGCCAAAUGGAAGCUCAGUGCGGUCAGGAAGGCGGCUGUCGUCUCUUAGAUUCCACCGUAGCCCCUGUAAACGGAACUGACUUUUCCAUAUUGUUAAUGAGGUGUUUGCUGCUCUGGCGCCCAGUCCCCGCAGCUGCCAGGCUGUGUGGCUCUCAGCCCUGAGCUGCACAGCCCCGCACGUAGCUUGUUUUCAUUCCGAAUCGACUUCAGAUAACUUUAUGCGGAAAUAGGCACUGAAAACGGAGGUCGGGGAGCAGCGAGGCCGGGGCGCCUUCACUGCGUGCGCGUGCGUGCUGCGUGCGCGCGCUGCGUGCGCGCUGCGUGCGCGUAGCGGGUAUCCUGCACGUGCGGGAGGGCCCGCGCUGCUGCCCUUGAGGGAACUUCGGGGGCGCGCUUUACGUGGUCUAACGUUAUUGGCUUCUUUUCGGCUCGGAACCUAGCAGGAGCAGGCCUUACGUCCAUUGCUGUUUGUUCUUACGUCACUCGCGGGGUCGCUUUCUUGCCCUCUGCCAUCGUCAGCGUCUGAUGACCCCUCUGGGGCAGCACCUGUGUUCCGCCAGGUUAUUUCCGAGUCCUUCCUGGCGAGCGCGUGUGGAAAGGCCUCUCUCCUUCAGCUCGUGGACGCCCAGGUGGCCGCGGCCCCGCCCGCGCUCGGGAACGACCUUGAACGUGGCCGCGCGCGUCCUCCUGGCGCUCACAAAGGGCUAGCCUUGAAUGUCACUUGCCCAGCCUUGAUGUCCCGACCCAGCGGGAGCCACGCGCUCCCGACCGACAGCUGCAGCUGCCCUGCCUCGCCGCCUCCCUGCAGGCGUCCUGUUUGGAUGAAACGGCAGAACACAGGCGAACAGAGCACCGGAGACUCGGUCCGCCUCCCCCCCUUGGCCUGACUGUCCAGGGCCCCGAAAAGCCCCGACGCCACCGCUGGGGCCAGAUCGCCGGGCUCCUGCUUCCCCUCUCGCUGCUGAGGCCCAGGGGGAGGCGCGUGGCCUUCCUGGGGCCACUGCAGCCACGGGCCGCCCGCCACGGCCCCACUAGCUUCUCAGUCAUGCAGCUGCACCUGAUCCGUCUCCUGAAUCUUUUUCUUGCCCCACCACCCUUAAUUUAUCAAGCAUAAUAUUACACGUUAAAGAACAGCAAAUAAGAACUUUGUAGAAUCCCACCAGGACAUUGCUAACCAUGAUAUUUGGAGAUGAAAAAACUGCUCUGAAAAAUAUCAGCCACCAAAAUAGUUUUGUCAGCACUGUUCACACGCAUGGUCCCCACACCCCCAGGUUGGGUUUUUGGUUUUGGUUUUUGGUUUUUGGUUUUUUUGGGCUUUUUCAUGUUACAUCCAUAUCUGUAUUUAUAUCUUAUUUGUUUCACUUUCAAGUGUAUCAUGGCAAAUGUACAGAUUUUUUGUUGUUGUUAAUAAUGUGCUAGGAUUUGCUAAAAAAGAAAACAAGAAAAAAAAACCCUUUUGAGUUUGCUCUAGAAUAAAUGAGACUUAAUUCAG